AUGGCGGAACAAAAAAAACAAGCAGAAGAAUUAAAAAACAAGGGAAAUGAAUUUUUCAAAUUGAAGAAAUAUGAAGAGAGUGUUGAAUAUUAUACAAAGGCAUUAGAGAUUUAUGAAGAUGCCGUAUAUUAUUGCAAUAGAGCUCUUGCCCACACACAUUUAGAAAACUACGGAGCUGCUUUGGAUGACGCUGCCAAGGCUUUGACAAUUGAUCCAAAUAACACAAAAGCCUACUACAGACGCGGAAUGGCUCAUAUCGGACUUUCAAAGUUAGAAGACGCUUUGAAAGAUUUUAAUGAGGCUCUAAAGUUAGCUCCAAGUGAUAAGCUUAUUAAAGAGAGAGUAACACAAUGUAAAAAGGAGCUCAAACAUCAAAAGUUUAUGGAAGCUAUUGGUACAAGCCAUGCACACAUUUCCGAAGAAAUCAACUACAAGGUAAUCAACGUGGAAGAUUCAUACGAUGGAGUCAGACUCGGAGAUACUAUUACUUUAGAGUUUGUGGAAGACAUGGUCAACAGGUUUAAGGCUCAACAGAAGAUUCAUAUCAAGUAUGCUUUGGAAAUUCUUGUGAUGGCAACUAAUUUGUUGAAGACUGAAAAAUCCCUUUUCCGAGUUCACGUUCCAGAGGACAAACACAUUACUGUCUGUGGAGAUACCCAUGGCCAAUUCUAUGAUUUAUUACGAAUUUUUGAGCUCAAUGGAAAGCCAUCAAGGAGCAAUCCAUACCUUUUCAAUGGCGAUUUUGUGGACAGAGGAUCAUUUUCGUGUGAAGUCAUUUUCACUUUGCUAGCUUACAAACUAUAUGAUCCAGAAUGCAUGUACUUGACGAGAGGAAAUCAUGAGUCUCGUCAUCUCAACCAAAUUUACGGCUUCGAGGCUGAGACUGUGAAAAAAUAUAAUAGUGAGGUUUAUGAGCUAUUCCAAGAAGUGUUCAAUUACUUGCCAUUGGCAUGUGUUAUUAAUGAGAAGGUUCUUGUUUUACACGGUGGAAUAGGUUUCAAAGAUUCAGGCGUAACAUUGCAAGAUAUUGAAAACAUUGAUAGAAUGAAAGAUAUUCCAGAGGACGGAUUAAUGUGUGACAUUCUUUGGUCAGAUCCACAAAAGUUAAACGGUCUAGGUGUAAACAAGAGAGGUGUUUCUAGAGUUUUUGGUCCUGAUGUUACAAAGAAAUUCCUUGAUGACAAUGGCCUCGAACUGCUGAUCAGAUCACAUGAAGUGAAAAUGGCAGGAUAUGAGGUAGAAGCUAAUGGAAGACUGAUAACUAUUUUCUCAGCUCCAAACUAUUGUGACUCGGUUGGUAAUAAGGGAGCAUUUAUCAGAUUUAAUGGAUCUGAUAUGAAGCCACAAUUCACACAGUUUACUCAUGCUCCACACCCUCCUCUUGGUCCAAUGCACUAUGUUUCAAGCUUGUAUGGUCAAUUAAUGUAA